AGUGCUUCCAGUAGGUAAGAGAAACAAUCUUUCAUGGAUUACGAGCUGAGGCGCAGGAUUGAACGAUCAAUCCUGACCGUGUCUCAUCGUGCUUGCUCUCUCUUGCUUUCCUGGAACGGAAAAUCGUGGAGCCGGUCUUCGACUUUCUAUCAUGGAAGGAAUACAAUUCACGUGAUCUCAGUCACGUGCUAAGGAUCAAUAGUUCUUCCGCUCCCGUCAUAUCAACGGAACAACUCCCAAGCCACCAAAAAGUCUGGGGUUCGAGAGACGAUAUCAAACGAGUCGAACGGUAAGCUGCAAGACACGACAACGAGAUAUUUACGAAAACCCCAGCUUGUCUACAUUAGUGUCUCUCAGUGUAAACCUGCUCGCAGAUAGCUUGAUUGACGACGAUUUGCACGGCAGCAUCGUUGCACAAUCAACAAUCCCCGCACACAGCAUCAUUCUGGUGUGCAACAAACGUCCUUGGUGGAUGGCGGGAUCUUAGGAAACAUUAUCCUCCUAGUUGUGUGCCGCCAUUAUGACCUGAACAUCACUGAACUAGCGGAGUAGCCUCAUGGUUCCAACGGAAGCGGCUUCGCUUUGAGCUUUAUACCUACGAGUUGUCAGACUACCUGGCCACACCGCCCAGCAACCAAUCAUUGCAGGGGAAUAAUUUAACUUGGGCCAAACGACUGGUCAGGGGGAACCCUUUCUGUGACAGGGUCAUAGACAACCACAGGAAGAACUCGACACAUUCUGACCCCCAGAACCUAGACGACAUGCGUCUAUACGCCAUUGCGGACCUGCACAUCAGCUACAAGCAGAACCUCGAAGCUCUGCAUGAAAUCACGGCACACCCGGAAGACAGUCUGAUUCUAUGUGGCGAUGUCGGAGAACGAUUGGAGCAUCUUGUCGAGGCAUUUAAAGUAACAACCUCGCUUUUCAAGCAGGUGUUUUGGGUUCCCGGAAACCAUGAACUGUACACAUUACCUGGCAACCAGAAACACGAGGACGAUUCUGACAAGGAACUGGACAAGGACCUACGCGGCGACUUCAAGUAUCAGGAAUGUAUCCGCAUUGCCAAUGAAUGGGGCGUCAUCACGCCUGAGGACGAGUUCGUCAAGUGGGAAGGCGAAGGUGGACCUGCGCUCAUCUGUCCGAUCUUCACAUUAUAUGACUAUUCGUUCCGGCCGGCGCACGUGUCUCGCGCGGGUGCCCUAGAAUGGGCUAUGGAGGAGAACGUCUACGCCACUGAUGAGGCUCUACUACAUCCGGACCCAUACGAGACGCGUGAUGCUUGGUGCGAGGCUCUAGUGGCGAAGGCGGAAGAACGCUUGGAGGCUGCUGUCAGUAGAGGCAUUCCCCUCAUUAUCGUCAACCACUGGCCCUUGCGUGAAGACCUGGUCACCAUCCCAAGCGUGCCGCGCUUCAGUUUAUGGUGUGGUACCACCUUGACUGAAGAUUGGCAUACACGAUUCAAUGCCAAAGUCGUCGUUACUGGUCACUUGCACGUCCGUCGUACCGACUGGAUCGACGGCGUUAGGUUCGAGGAGGUUAGCUUGGGCUACCCGCGCCAGUGGCAGGCCGCCAAAGAUAAAGGUUUGGGGGUCAAUCAGCUCUUAAGAGAGAUCCUGCCUGGUAUUGAAACCCCUGAGGACGGGAAGACUAUCUGGCGUCAUUUUGGCAUUCCCUCGGAUCACAAAUCAGGUUGAACCGCUACUUGGGGGAGAAUUGGUCGACUGAGCGAAGCAUUGAAAUGAGUCAUGUCUAUGACAGACUACUAGAGGCAUAUACAUAUGUUGGCGUCGGAAAAAUCAGAAGGACAUGUCGUAGACAAUCCCUCGCUGAACAUAUUGCUUUCAAGAAAGAGUCUCACAGACAACACACGGAGGAAUUCCUAGAAAUGGGUAUAAUCUACUUUUAUUCAUGCGCACGUCAAUUGAAUGCUAAAUAUCAAAACCAAAUAUAAAAACUCUGC